AGGCAGUUUAUAAGGUGUGGAACUCUGUUUCCUCCGAGCCCACAGAAUUCAUUCUCUCCUGGAAGAUUCUCCGUGGAAAUUAACGGAAAAUCGCUACGCUUUGAUCCUUGACUUCUAUUUACACACAGUUUCUAGGUUUUCUGAUUGCGGGACCUUGCCAGAGGCUUUCCAGCGAAUUCUAGGGUUCGAUCCGUGGCAAGAUCGUUUGUUGAGUUAUUUCUCUGCUGGAAUUUCUUCGAAGUGGAGAUGCACACUGCAGUUGCCAGCAGAGUAAGUUUCGAUCGGAUGAACUUGGAUUCUUGGAAGGUGAGGAAGAAAAGAAUUCCCAGAUCUGUUCAGCCGAAAAGGAAUAGAAAUGUAGCAGAAGAGAAAGAAGCGGGCAAGGUUGUAAGACCAAGACUUCCUGAUAAGAGGCGGAAACGGUCUGAAUCAGACAAAGGAGAAGCGGGUAAACGGAUACCGAAAAGGAAGCGGAGUACUGUAAGAAGGAGAUACAUAUGCAACGAUGAAAUUGAUGAUGAAUGGGAGAAAGAACAGGAAGUGAUCAUGAAUUUGAAGUUAACAUCUCGCAGCAGGAGCAGGAAUUCAGAUAGCAUGAUUACUGACAACCCAUCAAAGGUUUCAGAAGAGGAAACAGAGCAUGAUGUGGAUACUGGUCUCUGUACACGUUCUCAGUCACCUGCUUCAGACUCAUCAGCUUCGGUUUUUAAAGACAAUGUUUCUGAUAAUUGCAGAAGCAUGACAAAGAGUUUAAAGGCACAGAUGGGGGAUCGUGCAAUUUGCCAUCAAUGCUUGAAAGGGGAAAGAAAAACUCUUUUAAUUUGCACUUUUUGUGAGGAAAACUUAUAUUGUCUGCAAUGUAUAAAGAAAUGGUAUCCCCAUAUGUCCCAAGAAGAUAUCAUCGGAAAGUGUCCUUUUUGCCGCAGAAAUUGUAACUGUGGCAUAUGCUUACACUCGAAUGGAUUGAUCGAGACAUCAAAAAGGGAGCUCACAACUUGUGAAAGGCUUCAUCAUCUCCGAUACUUGAUUGAGUUAGUACUUCCGUUUCUGAAAAGCUUAGGCGAAGCACAGAGGAAAGAGAUUGAAAUUGAGGCAAAGGUUCAAGGAGUGCUGCCUUCUGAAGUUGACAUAUCUGAGACUCUUUGCUCCAACGACGAGCGCGUCUAUUGUAACCACUGUGCAACUUCUAUUGUUGAUCUGCAUCGAAGCUGCCCAAAGUGUUCUUAUGAACUUUGUCUGAGCUGUUGCCAAGAGAUCCGUGAGGGACGCCUUUCAGAACGCCCUGAAAUGAGGUCACAAUUCGUGCACAGAGGAACCUGGUAUAUGCACGGUGAUGCUGUGGAACCGAACUCUUCCGAAUCUGAGUCUGGUGAUGAAGAAGCUAAGGCUCCAAUUAUGUGGAAUGCCAAUGAUAAUGGAAGCAUCACUUGUGCUCCAGUCGAGCUUGGUGGUUGUGGGGAUAGUGCUUUGGAGCUUAAACGAAUCCUACCAAGUUCAUGGAUCUCAGACUUGAAAGAAAAGGCAGGGACCUUUUUAGCCAAAUACAAUAUAGGACCUAGAAGGUCAAACUGCACAUGUUCAGGCAUGGAGACUGAUUUGCUAAGGAGAGCAGCUUCAAGGGGUGGAUCUAGGGACAACUACUUGUACUGUCCUAAUUCAUUUGAUGUUCUGAAGGAAGAAGAGCUUCUUCAUUUCCAAGACCAUUGGGCCAAAGGUGAACCGGUGAUAGUUAGAAAUGCUCUUGAUAACGCAACUGGUUUGAGCUGGGAACCGAUGGUCAUGUGGCGGGCAUUAUGUGAAAAUGUGGAUUCAGCAACUAGCUCCAAAAUGUCAGAGGUCAAAGCAAUUGAUUGUUUAGCUAAUUGUGAGGUGGCAAUCAAUACUCGGCAGUUCUUUGAAGGUUACAGCAAGGGAAGAAGGUACAGUAACUUCUGGCCGGAGAUGCUGAAGCUGAAAGACUGGCCCCCCUCAGAUAAGUUUGAAGACUUUUUACCCCGCCACUGCGAUGAGUUCAUCUGCGCAUUACCCUUCCAAGAAUAUUCUGAUCCGAGAUCUGGAAUCCUUAACAUUGCUGCGAAGCUUCCAGAUGGACUUCUUAAACCAGAUUUAGGUCCUAAAACUUACAUUGCUUAUGGCAUUAAGGAGGAGCUCGGGAGGGGCGAUUCUGUGACAAAGCUUCACUGUGAUAUGUCAGAUGCGGUUAAUAUCUUGACGCAUACUGCUGAGGCAACCUUUUCUGAGGAGCAGAUCUCAGCAAUCGAAGCUCUGAAACAAAAACAUAAGAGGCAGGAUGAAAAAGAACUUUUGGGUCGUGAUGGAUUAGGCAGUAAGUGCAGUGAAGAGCCUUGUGAAGGCAGUGAAAAAGAAAAUGGACUUCCAGAUGAAACUGGUGGUGCCCUUUGGGACAUUUUUAGGAGAGAGGAUGUUCCAAAGUUGGAAGAGUACCUUAAGAAGCAUUUUAAAGAAUUUAGACAUACUUUUUGCUCUCCUGUCGUGAAGGUAUAUCACCCCAUACAUGACCAAACAUUUUAUUUAACAGUGGAGCAGAAGAGAAAACUCAAGGCAGAAUAUGGGAUAGAGCCAUGGACGUUUGUGCAGAAACUAGGAGAAGCAGUGUUUAUUCCCGCAGGUUGUCCUCACCAGGUUCGGAACCUCAAGUCAUGCACAAAAGUGGCUGUGGACUUUGUCUCUCCUGAGAACAUAAAGGAGUGUCUCCGUCUCACCGAAGAGUUUCGCCAACUCCCCAAGAACCACAAGGCUCGUGAAGACAAACUCGAGAUAAAGAAGAUGGUGAUUUACGCGGCUGAAGAAGCCUUCAAAGAACUCGAGACAUUGUUGCGAGAUCCUCCUGUCCAAAUUUACUCUAUGGAAAGGUCCUGACUGAUUUCAACAAGAAUCUUUCCUCAUUCAGAUAGUUGGUUUUAUAAGACAGUGUUGUCAUCUCUAGUUUUCACUUGAUACAGAUUUGUGGUUAGUUCGAAAAGAUAAUUACAGUUUUGGUUUUUAUGUUUUUUGGA